AUGGCAUUCGCCUGGAAAGCCUCAGGCCUGACCUACAACCGAUACUUAGCCGUCGCAGCCCGCGUUGUCCGACGCUCACUCAAGGAAGGAGAACGGCUGAAGGCCGAGAGACGAGGAGAGAUGGAGCUGAGGUUCGCCAAAUGGGAGGUGGGUCUGGCUUGGACAGUUGAGAAAAUCGAACCAGAGAGAACUAACGAGGCAUGA